CGCAUCAGCAUAUUUUUCUUAUAACUCACCAUUCUUUACUUCUUUCUGGAGAGUAAAAAUACUCUUGCAGCUAGCUUAACUCCGUCCUGCUUCUAACUUCCCAUCAAAUUGCAUCAUUUUUUUUUCCCCAUCUAAUUUUGUUGCUUCUCAACAGCAACAAAAUCUUCCCUUUUUUUCCUGCUUCGUAGUGGGAACAAUCCGAAACUGAAUUCAGGGAUUGAGAAGCCUCUGAUCAAGUCAAGUAUGGGAUCAGGUGAUUGGUUUAAAACAUUUAUUAGCUUAAAGAAAGUGAAGGAAGACGGAUCUAAACACGGAAAGGGAAAAUCUGCGUCGGCCCGAAAAGCAAAUGGGUCCAUGUGGAGGUAUCUCUCUGGUAAAGAGUCCACGGCUCUGGCUAUCACAAAUGGAUCGUCAAGUAAGAGGUCCAGAAGGAGGGGAAUUACAGAGGAUACUGCGGCCACUAGAAUUCAGACUGCCUUCAGGAGAUAUGUGGCAAGUGCAAGGAAAGCGGUACAUCGACUAAGAGCAAUAGGAAGAUGCAGAGGUGCUAUAGCUGCUUUGACCGCCGAAAAGCAAGCAUCUUCGGCUCUGAUCCAUAUACAUUUUUGGAACAAAAUGCAAGCUGAGAUUAAAGCUCGUAGACAAGGGAUGGUCAACGAAAACCGAAUACAGCAGAAGAAGCAAGAAAACAGGCUGAAACUUGAGGCUAAGCUUCAGGAACUAGAGGUUGACUGGUGUGGUGGCUCUGAAACCAUGGAAGAAAUUCUCCAAAGGAUACAACAAAGAGAAGUUGCAGCUGUUAAAAGGGAACGUGCCAUGGCUUAUGCCUUUUCUCAUCAGUGGAGGGCGAAUUCUAGCCACUACUUUGGCCAGGCUUAUUAUGAUCUCGGAAAAGAUAGCUGGGGAUGGAGCUGGAAAGAGAGGUGGAUAGCAGUUCGUCCAUGGGAAACCAGAGUUCCAGCCAACUCAAAGAAAGUUCAUUCCAAGCAGGGAGACAAAGUAUGGAAAACCACAAGCCCUGCUGCCAUGAAACUCGUUGUCGCAGUUAAACCCUCUUUAUUCAACGGGAAAGGUUUGCAUCAGGCAAGACAACUCCCUGACCAUAUUAUCGAGAAGCAAGCUAGCCAAAAAACUUAAAAGAGCCAAUCAAUGAUUCAGAACAGGGGGCCAAAAAACCAAAAAAAGAAGAAGAAGAAGAAGUUACAAUACCGGUUCUGCGUAAAUUAUUCUAUUCUGGCUUGGUGUGCGACGAAAUUGAAGAAAACGGCCCAUCAUUUCUGUACAGAACAAAGGGAAGACCUGUUGAGAUAAUCCUACAUUACUAUUAUAUACUACUAUAUUGCUAAUUAUGUCGAUGAUGAUAUUUUACGUCGUUUUGUGAGAUAUUCAUACAUGACCUGGAUCGAGUAUACAAUAAGUGUGUACUAGCGUACAAACAUUUGUUCGACUGAUAGAUACUUCUGCAAUAAUCAGGUGUUUUGGGUCCGUGGGAGGAUGGAUAAAUUAAUUUCAUGCCCUGUUUUUACCUGAUUAAUGGUCCAACCCAAUGGAAAAGAUAGCUCUUUUCGCAUUAUUUAUGUUGUCCAUAUUUCAUUUAAGAACCUAAAAGCAGUACGAUCCGAC